UGUCUCUGGGGGUGGUAAUCAGUGGACAAGUUAACCCAACUUUCUUUGGGGAUGAGGAAAUUGAAGCACAAGGAAAUUAUAGAAGUUGCACAAAGUUUAGUGAAUGGAUUUACGCUCAUCACGCUGACUCAUCACGCUGAAUUUGUAAAAUGCUUUGUUUGUCAAAGAACUGAAUAACUGUUACCGUGCCUCAGGAUUCCUUCAGUGGUUUAGCUCUCACAUUGCUACAACUGAAGCUUUGUCAAAUAUCCUGUUACAAAGUGCUUUGGAGAAACUGAGGUACCCGACAGUGGAUUGCCAAGAGUUGGACAUGUAAUUGCUCUCUGAGUUGGAAUAGAACUGAAAGCCACCACUCAGAAGUUUGAUCAGUUUUAACAUCGUUGGUUGCUACUUAGCAGCGAGGCUGGUUUCUUAGAAACUGGGUCUUGGCACUGAUCUGUUUUGCAUGAAGAUGAUGGUAGAACUUUAGACUUCAUAGCACUGAAUUAACCUGCACUGAAAGCUGUUUACCUGCAGUUGUUCACUUUUGUUGAAAGUGACCAUGUCUCAAGUUCAAGUUCAAGUUCAGAACCCAUCUGCCGCUCUCUCAGGGAGCCAAAUACUGAACAAGAACCAGUCUCUUCUCUCACAGCCUUUGAUGAGUAUUCCUUCUACUACUAGCUCUCUGCCCUCUGAAAAUGCAGGUAGACCUAUUCAAAACUCUGCUUUACCCUCUGCAUCUAUUACAUCCACCAGUGCAGCUGCAGUUCCUUCUAACAUGGCACACCCCAAAGAGAAAACCCCAAUGUGUCUUGUGAAUGAGUUAGCCCGUUUCAACAAGAUUCAGCCUGAGUAUAAGCUUUUGCGUGAGCAAGGUCCAGCUCACUGUAAGGUGUUUACAGUACAGCUAACACUUGGAGAUCAGCACUGGAAAGCUGAAGGAACUAGUAUUAAAAAAGCCCAGCACACAGCUGCUGCCAAAGCUUUGGAAGGAACAAAAUUUCCUAAACCUAUAGUCCACCCUUUUCGUAGCGAAGGAAGGAAUCCAGGUAUUAUGCGUGGGCCAAGACAGGUUCCUUUCAAAAGUGUGUCUAGAGAAAGCAUAACCCCUACUGUAGAGCUAAAUGCACUGUGCAUGAAACUUGGAAAAAAACCAAUGUAUAAGCCUGUUGACCCUUACUCUCGGAUGCAGUCCACCUAUAACUACAACAUGAGAGGAGGUGCUUAUCCCCCAAGGUACUUUUACCCAUUUCCAGUACCACCUUUACUUUAUCAAGUUGAACUUUCUGUGGGAGGACAACAAUUUAAUGGGAAAGGAAAGACGAGACAGGCUGCGAAACACGAUGCUGCUGCAAAAGCCCUGAGGAUCCUGCAGAGCGAGCCCCCGCCUGAGAGGCUGGAGGUGAAUGGAAGAGAAUCAGAAGAAGAAAAUCUCAAUAAGUCUGAAAUAAGUCAAGUGUUUGAGAUUGCACUUAAACGGAACUUGCCUGUGAAUUUUGAGUCUUUCCCUCUGAAACAGGUCGCCCGGGAGAGUGGCCCACCCCACAUGAAGAGCUUCGUGACCAAGGUGUCGGUUGGGGAGUUUGUGGGGGAAGGUGAAGGGAAGAGCAAGAAGAUUUCAAAGAAAAAUGCUGCUAUAGCUGUUCUCGAGGAGCUGAAGAAGUUACCGCCCCUGCCUGCAGCUGAGCGAGUGAAGCCCAGAAUCAAAAAGAAAACAAAAUCCAUAGUCAGGCUACAGAGCAGCCCAGAAUAUGGCCAGGGGAUGAACCCAAUUAGCAGACUGGCCCAGAUCCAGCAGGCGAAGAAGGAGAAGGAGCCGGAGUACAUGCUCCUCACGGAGCGAGGCCUCCCGCGCCGCAGGGAGUUUGUCAUGCAGGUGAAGGUGGGAAACCAUACCGCAGAAGGAGCGGGCACCAAUAAGAAGGUGGCUAAACGGAACGCGGCCGAGAACAUGCUGGAGAUCCUUGGUUUCAAAGUCCCACAGGCUCAGCCCGCCAAACCAGCCCUCAAAUCAGAGGAGAAGACACCCAUAAAGAAACCAGGGGAUGGAAGAAAAGUAACUUUUUUUGAACCUGGCUCUGGGGAUGAAAAUGGGACUAGCAAUAAAGAGGAUGAGUUUAGGAUGCCUUAUCUUAGUCAUCAGCAGCUGCCUGCUGGAAUUCUUCCCAUGGUGCCCGAGGUCGCCCAGGCCGUGGGAGUCAGUCAAGGACAUCACACCAAAGAUUUCACUAGGGCAGCUCCGAAUCCUGCCAAGGCCACGGUAACUGCCAUGAUAGCCCGUGAAUUGUUGUAUGGGGGCACCUCGCCCACAGCCGAGACCAUUUUAAAGAAUAACAUCCCUUCAGGCCACGUACCCCAUGGACCUCUCACAAGACCCUCUGAGCAGCUGGAUUAUCUUUCCAGAGUCCAAGGAUUCCAGGUUGAAUACAAAGACUUCCCCAAAAACAACAAGAACGAAUUUGUCUCUCUUAUCAAUUGCUCCUCUCAGCCGCCUCUGAUCAGCCACGGCAUCGGAAAGGAUGUGGAGUCCUGCCACGAUAUGGCUGCACUGAACAUUUUAAAGUUGCUCUCUGAGUUGGACCAACAAAAUACAGAGAUGCCGAGGACAGGAAAUGGACCAAUGUCUGUGUGUGGGAGGUGCUGAACCUUUUCUGGCCACGAACCAUUAUAAAAUCCCAACAUAUAUACUGAAAAUACUGAAACUGCUUUGAAAAUUUGGAAUUUCUGAUACCUCCAGUGGGCCGAGAGACAUGAUGGGUAAAGAACUGGAGACAGCAGUGGUGAUGAAGGCGGGAACACGAGGAGGCUGCUGUGGCUGUGCUCGCAUGAGCUCUGGUUUGUCCCCACACCGCCGCAGCUCCUGGGGGAAGGCGGGGCCUGCCAAGCAGCCCUGGCUCGAUUGGGAAACCAGCAGGUCCAUGCCCUGGGCACCUCAUUGCUUGGUUUGGUUUUUUGUUUCGUCUUGGGGCUUUUCUUUGCUGUGUGAAAGAAGAAGCAGAAAACAGAAAGCACGACCCCUUCUCAAACUGGCUUACUCCAACACUUUGGGACAAACCCUGGACACCCACGCUGGAGAGGCGCCUUCGACCGGCCCCGGAGCUGACAGCACGAGGGGAAGUGAGAUGCUUCCUGCUUGGCGCCAGCUCCCUUUCAGGCGUGCUACGGCCCCUCACCCCGUGGUCCCCACACCGUCACCACUGCUUUCUCUCCCAAAAGAGAUAUGUAUUCUUAGUUUCAUUAUUUUCUUUUGAUUGAAAUGACACUAUAUCAAUUUUCAUUUGAGAGUUUCUCAAUUGUAUCUAGUUACAUAGCACAGUUUAGAAACUUGUCUGAGACUGACUUUAUCAGUAAUCUAACCGGCGAAGAUCAUAUCCAUGUGUAUGUGGUUAUAAAUUUUUAUGUUAUUGAAGACUAACCCAGGACCAUUUCAGUGAUGCAAAUUGUGUGCCCUCUGGUUUAGCUGAAACAGUCCUGGACUUCUCAGAAAUCUUGAUGAGGUCUCCCACAGUUGUAUAAAUUGGACAAUUUAGGAAUUUUAAACUGUAAAUGAUCAUUUGGUUCCUUUUCUAUUUUAUUUUUGUUAAAUGCAACAAGACAUAAAAAAUGAACUUUGAUCUUUGUUUUAAAGAUUAAAAAAAAAUUGUGUGUCUAUCCUUAUGGCUCUUGAGGACAUGGCGGUCACUACACUGCAGGAUAUGAUCUCCACGUAGCACAUAUCAGGCUGCAGGUGGGUUUCCUUGAGUGCUUUAUACUGUUGGUUACAUCUCCAUGCAGGGCUGAAGAGAAUGGCCUGUUUAUCUCUCAAACUGUGUUGCUUUUGAUGUUGUGUUACUGCGCACGGAAGUGUGUGCAGCAAGGUCCUGCCUCCAGCCUGGUGAAAGCGCGGUGGCCUUGCGAGCUCAGUACGGCUUCGAUUCGUUGUUUACGCUGGAAUUUUUUCUCCCCAUGGAAUGUAAGUAAAACUUAGUGUUUGUCACCAAUAAAUGGUAAUACUAAAUUUUUUUUGUUAAUUUAUUCUCAAAUGCCACUACUGCUAGGUUGGUGCCCUCCCAACCUACCCCUUACCCUUUUUUUUAUUUUUAAGAAAAAGAACUUUGUAAUGCUUGUGAUUCCAUUUGGGCAAAUUCUGAAGAUCUGAAAUAACUUUAUAUCAAACCAUUGAUCAAUAAACAGCUACUAAUGAA